AUGGUGCAACCUUCUCUCGGGGCCAUUGUUAGCUCUGCCCUGCUAGGGUCGAUUGGCGGCUUCGACUCUGCUUCUGCGCCAGAUGUUGCCGGCCCAGCGCCCGUGGUCAACUUGACAGGUAUCGGGCAAUACCAAGGAAUCCGCUUGUUCGAGAGCAUCAGUGGCUCCAAGCUACCACACUCGGUGGAUGCCUGGCUUGGCAUCGACUAUGCUCUCCAGCCAGCGGGUGACCGACGAUUCAAGCCCGUGGAGCAGCCGCCCGAACAAUUUGAUGGCAUGAGAGAUGCAGCCAGCUUCGGCCCCAUCUGCACUCAGGACAAGACCUACGAGUACAAAGAUCAGCAAUCGGAAUCUUGUCUCAAUUUCAACGUCUAUCGACCAGCGGGUAUUCCAAUGACCCAGCGACUUCCGACACUGGUGUGGAUUCAUGGCGGUGCCUUUUCCUUGUACUCGGGACGGACUAUGGACGGCGGCUCCUUCGUAGCAUCGUCGGAACAGCCAGUGAUGGUAGUCACCUUCAACUACCGACUGAAUUCUUUGGGAUUCCUACCAAGCAGUCUUUUUGAGAGGCUCGGCUUGUUGAAUCUCGGGCUAAGAGACCAGCACUUUUUUCUGCAAUUUCUACAGACUCAUCUGCACUCGUUUGGCGGCGACCCAGACCAGAUUACACUCGGUGGUCUGUCUGCGGGCUCACACUCUGCAGCAUUUGAGUAUUUCCACAACUAUGGGCAAGAUGAAGACGCGCCUCUAUUUGCGCGCGUGCUGCUUCAAUCUGGCGCAAUCACGGCGCGGGCAUUUCCCGACAUUACCUAUCCUCGAUACGAGAGCGAUUUCGAGAGGCUAAUGCAUCACAUCGGUUGCAGCAUUGAUGAGAGCGACGAAGCGCAGAUUCGUUGCUUGCGUGAUGCACCGAUAGAUGAGAUUGAGCAAAUCAGCUCCAAGAUAUAUGCAGAGGCCGAGAGUAAUUUGAAUUGGCCUUGGCAGCCCGUGGUAGGCGGGCCACGCUUGGAGCGGCCCGGCUCCCAGGGCUACCGCGACGGGACUUUUCAUCAAGUACCAAUCAUCAGCACCCACACAACCGACGAGGGAAAAUACUACACUCCCGGCCAUCUUGAGACAAAUGACGAUUUUAUUCGGUUUUGGCAAAAUCUCAGCCCGAAUCUCAACGUCACGGACCUUGCCAUCUUGAACGAACUAUAUCCAGACCCGGUGGCGCAUCCAGACUCGGCAUGGGCCCAAUCACCAAAUAGCACCCAGUAUAAUCGAGUGUCCGGGUCGUGGUCAGACAUGGCCUACAUCUGCCCGAGCCGAGCGACGGCUUCUACAACCUCCAACAAGGGCGUUGCUACGUGGCGACUGCGCUUCAACACGCCAGGACAUCCUCUCGAAGCUCAUGGCUGGCGAGGUAUCCCCCACGCCUCGGACGCUGCAUACAUCUGGAACGAGCCGACAGUUCCGUUUCCAGAGGUGGCGCGCAUGUAUCACGCCUACAUGGCAAGUUUUGUAGCAGCGGGCGACCCAAACAAGUUUCGCCUUGAUGGAUCGCCGGAAUGGCCGCAGUACAAAGCUAGCGACAGGCUGAAUGGUGGUUGCUGCCCUGAGCAACUUGCUAAAAUGGCCAUGAAAAUACCAGUAUCCGAGGUGCGCAAGCAUAGCAGCUCUGACAGUUGCUGGAUCGUGGUUGAUGGCCAUGUCUAUGACAUGACUAGUUUUGCGCCAACUCAUCCAGGGGGCGCACAAAUUAUAUAUCGCUAUGCCGGAAAGGAUGCCACAGAUCAGUACAAUGCAGUACAUGCACCAUCGCUCAUCUCAAAGACGCUGGACUCUGAUCAUCAUGUCGGCAGGCUGGAUGAGACGUCGGCUCCCAAAGACUGGACAUCAAGUAAAUCUAAAGGUCCCGCCGAGUCCGCAGGCGCGAGAUAUCCGCUGUCCAGUAUCAUCAACCUUUACGAUUUUGAAGCCUCGGCAAAGAGCUCAUUCAGCCCAAAGUCAUGGGCGUACGUCAAAAGUGCAUCCAAUGACUGCAUCACAAGAGAUGCCAACAUUGAGAUGCUCAAGAGAAUCUGGUUCCGGCCCGCUGUCAUGCGAAAUGUAGCAAGCGUCAAUACAGGCACCUCACUUUUCGGGUGCAACCUUGACAUACCCGUCUACAUCUCGGCUGUUGGUACUGUCCGCGCAGCUCACCCCCAAGGUGAGCUAGCCUUUGCCAGAGGCGCCGCGUCGUCGGGCAUUGUUCACUGCAUCUCAACGUCGGCCUCCUAUCCCCGCGAGGAAAUUCUCGACGCAACACCCAAACACGCUUGGUUCCAGCUCUACGUGGAUAAAGACCGCCGAAAGACGGAGCAGUUACUGCAGCUCCUCCAGAAAUCUGGUAAAAUCAAGGCGUUAUUCGUGACGGUGGACUUGGCUGUCGUGUCAAAGCGUGAAGAGGACGAACGUGCCAAUCAAGGACCGAUUGAUGGGCUUGGAGUGCCAGACAACAAGGGCGCCGGGCUUGCGCGACAGUCUGCCGCAUUCAUUGAUCCUGAAUUGUCGUGGGCGGAUAUACCUUGGAUUCGAAAAUUCUCAAAUCUUCCCAUCAUUGUCAAAGGCAUUCAAAGAUGGGAGGAUGCGCAAAUGGUAAUUCAGCAUGGCUGUAAUGGCAUUGUUGUGAGCAACCAUGGUGGCAGGGCGGCCGAUACGGCACAGCCUGCGAUAAUCACGUUGCUCGAACUGCACAAAAACUUACCGGAAGCGUUUGACAAACUCACUAUUCUCAUAGACGGGGGCUUUAGACGAGGCUCAGACGUUGUCAAGGCCAUUUGUCUUGGGGCGUCUGCCGUGGGCCUGGGCAGAUCGUUUAUGUACUCUGUCAAUUACGGAGAGGCGGGCGUAGUGCAUGCCACGAGCUUGCUGCGUGAAGAAAUUGCGACGGCAAUGAGGCUCUGCGGCAUGACGAACCUAAUGGCCGAUGCCAGCCCCCGCUUCCUCAAUACAAAAUUGGUGGAUGGCUAUGUGGCGGAUCGCGAGCACGAGUACUUGCGGGAGCCGAAAAGAGUCAUUUCGAAGAUGAGACUCUCGCGUUACGCUCGAGAUGAAUAA